AUGACAAUCGCGGUCCUGGCGACCACAACGACGAAGACAAAGCGUCGCGAACCGCUGGGGACGAUUGCUAUGGCGGCCCCGAAGACACAAUCGCGCUCUGCCGCGUCCAGCGGGAUUGGUAAAACCAAAGUGGAACGACGGACGACGCGACUCAGCGCAAGUGAACAGGGAUUAGAGAUGACGAACAAACGGAAACCCGGUGAUCUAACUCGUUUAAUAGCAUACGAGGAGGACGAAGAAGGAUUCCAAUUCUCUCGAGUACCGUCUAAGAAGUCCAGGCCAUCAAUCGAAGCAGUACCCGAAAAUCCCAGUUCAGACGUGGAAAAUGCGCAUCCGAAGCCAACACCGAAACGAGGGCGCCCUCGGAAGAAGCAGCCGGGUGAAGAACCUUCGAGUGUUCUAGCGAAAGGGAAAUCGGUGGAACUUCCGAGCAGGAGACCAACGAGGGCGAAUGAACUGCACGCGGAAUCGGAAUCUCAAUCUACGAAAAUGGCGCGUUCACGAAUCCGCGACAGUCCAGAGCACCAGCCUGAAGCGAAGAAAUCGAGAAAGGCCGGACGACCACCGAAGGCUAGACCCGAAGCAAGACCUGAGGCAAAUGGCUAUAAGUCCCCUGAGCAACCGCCAGCGGGUACGAAGGUGGCACUUCCUGUGGCUGAUACACCUGUGAUUCAGCGGAAUAAAGAAUUGAGAGGUGGGAAGGGCGAGAAAGGGCGGCGGCGAAGUAGCUUGGGUAUGCGAGGACGGAGGGCCAGUUCUUUGAUUGACUCAGGGGCUUCAAAUGCAUUACCGCAUCGAGAGGUUGGCACAGCAGAUUUCUUUAAACACAUUGCCGAUGAUGGUCUUCCAGAGCCGCGGAGGAUGCGCCAACUUUUGAUAUGGUGUGCGACUCGCGCAAUAGGAGAGAAACCAACAGGAGGGUCAGAUCCGGAUGAACAAAGUGCACGCUUAGCAGCUCGUCAAAUUCAAGAGGAGAUUCUUCGGGAGUUCUCAAAUAAUUCAGAUCUUUCCAAUUGGUUUAGUCGCGAAGAUAUCAACCCCCCGGCUGUGGUUGUGAAGAAACCGAACCCGCGCAAUGUGCAGAACACAGACAAGAUCAAGGAAUUAGAAGAGCAUAUACAAAAACUACAAAAAGAAAGGCAAUCUCUCAAUGCCCUUCUUCGACAACCACCGAUUCCAAGCAUCAAGCCAGAUCCACAACCUGAUCAACAAACCAAACAACCUUCCCGCAAGCCACAACACGAAGUCGACCCUUCUCUCCUCGAUCCCUCCCAACAAGCCAUCCUAGAAUCUCUCAGUCCUUCAAACCACCCAUCAGAAACCCCAUCCACCUCAACCAAACCGAUAACCCCAUCCGCCGUCUCAGCCCAACUCUCCCGCAUCACAGCCAACCUAGCCCCAACACUUGACGCUUUCGCAGCAGGAGUGCACGAUAUCGAACUCUACCGCAUGGCCGCAGACACCGUUUCAUCCCGAAUACUCCGCAUCUGCGCCCAGCGUCUAGAAGAGCGCGAUGCCCAGAAUACCCAACGCCGCCACGCAAUCGAAGGCACAGAAGAGAGCCCGCCUCGAAUGAAGCAAGACCUAGGCCUGAUUUUGGGCGCGCUGAGUCGAGUGGAAAGAAGAUAG